UUUUGUUAAGAUUUUAGCUGCUUAGCGAGUAACAAACAACUGAAACUAGUUCUCCCCCGACAACUACACAGAAUUAUCUAGCCAUUUCUUUUUCAUUCUUUUGCAGUGAACGAUUCCAUUCUUCAUCAAUCAAGGUGCUCACUCUUACGCUAAACACAGAUCUCACUCUAUCUUCUCUCUUCUCUUCAUCUGCGUUUAGAUUCGGAAUUAAUAAAAAAAGCUUCGGAAGAAACAAAAGAUGGAUCCACCGUCAAUGCUGUAUAGCCAGCUCAAGGCUGCAGAACCGUUCUUCCUGUUAGCGGGUCCUAAUGUGAUUGAAUCAGAGGAACACAUUAUGAAGAUGGCUAAGCACAUAAAGACUAUUACAUCUAAAGUUGGCAUCCCAUUGGUUUUCAAAUCAAGCUUUGAUAAGGCUAACAGAACAUCAUCAAAAUCUUUUCGUGGCCCAGGGAUGGUUGAGGGAUUGAAGAUACUUGAGAAGGUUAAAGUAGCAUAUGACCUCCCUAUAGUGACAGAUGUGCAUGAGUCCAUCCAGUGUGAAGCAGUCGGCAGAGUUGCAGAUAUCAUUCAAAUUCCAGCAUUCUUAUGCCGUCAAACAGAUCUUCUAGUUGCUGCAGCCAAAACGGGGAAAAUUGUCCACAUCAAGAAGGGCCAGUUUUGUGCUCCUUCCGUCAUGGCAAAUUCAGCAGAGAAGGUUCGGUUGGCUGGAAAUCCUAAUGUUAUGGUUUGUGAGAGAGGAACUAUGUUUGGAUACAAUGAUUUGAUUGUCGAUCCACGUAACCUGGAGUGGAUGAGAGAAGCCAAUUGUCCUAUUGUAGCUGAUAUAACACACUCACUGCAACAGCCUGCUGGAAAGAAGUUGGAUGGCGGAGGUGUUGCAAGUGGAGGUCUUCGAGAACUAAUACCUUGCAUUGCAAGAACUGCAGUUGCUGUAGGAGUGGAUGGGAUUUUCAUGGAGGUACAUGAUGAUCCACUGAAUGCACCUGUUGAUGGUCCAACACAGUGGCCUUUACGCCACUUGGAGGAGUUACUUGAAGAGCUUGUAGCUAUUGCUAGGGUAAGCAAAGGGAAGAAAAAAUUCAACAUUGAUCUCACACCAUUUCGUGAAUAGCAAAAAUGGUGAUGAUUUCCUGUUAUUAAGAAUAUAAUUCCCUGAGGAUUGGCCUUUAUAAGAUCAGAUUGUUUUAAGGUUGAAUGUAUGAUUAUCUUUACACCCCAUCACAAGUUCAAGCCCCUUAUAAAGGAGUGCUUAUCCUGAAAGAAAGAUUACUUGAAGUAGUGACACAUCCAAUUAUUAUUUGUCACAGAUUCUAUGCAGCCUUUCAAAUCAUUGCAGUUUCUAGAAGCAAUGUGGAUCUAGAAAAAGUUAAGUAUUUUAAUGUGUGAUGUUUUUUCUUUA